AUGAGAGGACGGAUCGCACCAACUGGUUUCGAGAACGCCGCAAGGGACUCGGAAGAUCGCAACGUUUGCGGGCGUUGUGACUUGCGUUCGUCGGUGCUGAUGCCUCUACAGUGGGUGUCGGGGACCGGGGAUGCUCUCCUUGGCGCGCUAACUUCAAUAGGCACGGGCUACGACCUGUCCAACUCGGUCUUCUCCCCCGAUGGUCGAAACUUCCAGGUCGAAUACGCGGUCAAGGCGGUCGAGAACGGUGGCACAGCGGUUGGCAUUAAGUGCAAGGAUGGCGUCGUACUCGCUCUCGAGAAGCUUGUCAGCAGCAAGCUCCUCAAGCCAGGCGCGAACAAGCGGAUAGCAACCGUAGACCGUAAUAUGGGCAUCGUAUCUUCCGGUCUCCUCCCCGACGGUCGCCACUUCGUCUCCCGCGCCCGCGAUGAAGCAGCUCAAUGGCGGCAGAUGUACAAGGCACCUAUUCCCUCUUCGUCUCUUGCCGACCGCAUGGGAAGCUAUGCCCAAGCAUAUACUCUUUACUCCAGUGUCCGUCCAUUUGGUAUAACCGCCAUCCUUGCAGGCUGGGAUUCUGAGGCAGAGCUACCAGUAGAUGGCCAAGUCGGUUCUGGGCCUGCUGUUGGUUCGGGAGGCAAGAAGGAGGGUGCGAAGCACGGUGGGCCAUCACUCUACAUGAUCGAGCCUAGCGGUCUAUAUUGGGGUUACUACGGUGCGGCUACAGGCAAGGGCCGCCAGGUCGCCAAGUCGGAGCUCGAGAAGCUCAACCUCGCUGAAGGACAGCUAUCACUGGAGGAGGGUGUCAAGGAGGCAGCACGCAUCAUCUACGUCGCGCACGAUGACAACAAGGACAAGGAGUUUGAGCUUGAGAUGACAUGGAUCAGCAGUCUCGACGGUCCUACCAAGGGCAGGCACGAAGAAGUACCCAAAGACAUCCGGGAAGAGGCUGAGAAGUUAGCAAAGAAGGCACUAGAGGGAGACGACGAUGAUGACGAGGACGAGGAGAAGAUGGAGGAUUUGAAAACCAAGUCAACAACUUCCAUAAGUACCAUACGUCACGCGUCUCUACCUCCACCUACACUCCCUCUAUCUAACCAAUUGCUGUUUGCCAUCAUGCCGCCAACUCUUAUACUCAUCCGCCAUGCUCAGGCAGAACACAAUGCCACCAGCGACUGGUCUAUCCGUGAUCCUCCACUUACCGAGCUGGGCGAACAGCAAUCCCGCGAGCUACACGAGAGUCUGAAAGCGAGCAAGAUCGGCAACGAAGUUGAACUCAUUGUUGUGAGCGCUCAAAGACGGACGCUUCAGACUGCCACUAUUGGACUAGACUGGCUUAUCAAGAGGGGUACAAAAGUUAUACCUGACGCAAACUGGCAAGAAAAUGCCGACAAGCCCUGUGAUACUGGAACACCCAUCGACCAGAUCUCUAAAGAAUUCCCGCAAUACGACUUCUCAGUUGUAGACCCUUCGUUCCCAGAUAAGACAACAGGCGGAGCCAAAAACCCAUACGCCUUUACCGAAAAGGCUAUCCUAGCACGUGGACAGAGAUGUCUCAAGGACCUCUACUCGCGUCCCGAGAAGGUUAUUGCCGUUGUCUCGCAUUCGGGUUUCCUGCGCACGGGUGUGUGCAACCGCAUGUUCUUCAACGCCGACUGGCGUGUCUUUGAGUUUGACGAGGAUGAGAUGAAGAAGAAUGCUGGAUUCUUCGUGCUGAAGGAGAGUGAGGAGACGGAGAAGAAGGGCGGAGGUAUGGGCAGGAGUGAUAUCGGCGUCUUUGGUAUCGUACCUGGGGACUUCCCGCCGGAGGUUGAGGAGGAGAUAGCUGCGAACAAGGCACAGGUUGAUGACGAGGCUACUAAGCAGAAUCCGAGUGCUUGA